AUGGAAGAAAUUAAGAAAGAGGCUAUUGAUGAAAGGAAGCCAAAUGAAAAUGGUGUUAAUAGCGUUACAACUGAAAGUUUUCGUCAGCAUGUUUUUGAUUCUGUUAGCCAGGUUGAUUCAGUAACCAUGAACAAGUUUAUAGAGAUGGUAAGUCCAUUUGCAAGCUCUGAGGGCUCUGCAGAUAUUUCGAAUGCUGCUGCAGGCAUUCAGGUGUCUCAUAAACCUGAAUUAGAUUGCUCUGAUAAAUCUGCUUCUACUACAGUUGCAUCUGAAAUCCCUGAAAAGUUCCACUGUUCUAUUGGAACAGAUACCUUGCAACAUGUUGACCGUAUUAAACAAGAGACUAAUUUGGAAUCUGCACUCCCUGGACCUACAUCAUCCUUAAUUAAUCCAAGAGAAGGGAUGGUAGCUCAAAUGCAGUUUGAACCUGGUUGUUAUGUUCACUAUUACUAUUUUGCUCGGAUUGCAGCAUCUGUUGCAGAAGUGCUAAUGCGUAAAUCAGCAGACAACAUAAAUGAUGACCCCAAAAGAUCUGCUGAGGAAAUAAUUUCUGCACAGUUGAAGAUCAUUUGUAAAAAUCGUAAAAGUGAGGCAGUUGGUCUUUGUUCUAAGAGAAACCGGAAAGGCCAUCUUAUUGAUGUCAUUUGUCAAAUUCUCUUCAUUGAAGAACGUUUGCGUGGGCUUCUAUCAGGCCCAUGGCAGAAUCCACAUCAUAUUAAGCUGUGGCGUAAAAGUGUUCUUAAAGCAUCGAAUGUUGCAUCAGUGAAAUGUCAGCUACUCAAUUUGGAGUCAAAUUUGAGCCGGAUCGCACUAUCAGCAGAGUGGUUAAAACAGGUGGAUUCUGUUGUUACAAUGGGUUCAGCUUCACAUGUCUUGGCAACUCCAGUAAAUGUUUCCUCUAAGCAUGGGAUCAGCAAAAAACAAGCCAGAUUUUUGGAUGCUGAUUCCAACUCUUAUUCAAUUGCUGCUGCCAAAUCAGGUAUCUUCUGGAGGGGUGGAAAGCUGUCACGCCAAGUUUUCCAUUGGAAGGGCUUGCCUCGCUCCUUGGCCUCCACGGGAGGCCGACAAGGUGGCUGUAAGAAGAUACCGGGAAUAUAUUAUGCUGAUGGUACAGAUUUAGCUAAGAGAAGUAGAUACAUUGCUUGGCGAGCUGCUCUCGAGAUGUCGACAAGUGUCCCACACCUUGCUUUGCUGGUUAGAGAGCUUGAUUCAUAUAUUAGAUGGGAUGAGCUUGAGAACAAUAAAGUUCGUUCUCUAUUAUCCAAGGAAUCUAGAAAAUUAAUGAGGUCAUUCAAGAAGGUGACUAUACGCAGGAAGUGCGUGGAAGCAUCACAGGUGAAGUAUCUUCUAGAUUUUGGAAAGAGAAAAAGUAUUCCUGAAACUGUCAGCAGACAUGGAACCAUGCUUGAAAUAUCCUCUAGUGAGAGGAAGCAAUAUUGGCUGGAUGAGUGUCAUGUUCCUUUGAAUCUCUUGAGGGCUUUCGAAGAAAGAAAACUAGCUCGCAUGGCCAAUAAGAAGAGUCCAGAAAAGCUUCCUGGUGAGGGUGGCAGAGUAAUGAAACCCUCCAAGAAAAGGGGACUCUCAUACCUUCUAUCGAAAGGAGAGAUUCCUGAGAACUACCAGUGUGGCCACUGUAACAAAGACCUACCAGUGGGGUACGCCAUGAUCCUUUUGUGCCAAAAUUGGUGUCUUUUCAAAAUCAACUUCAUGAUUUGAUGAUGAAAUUAUAAAAUGUUUCAUCCUCUUAAUUUUUCUUUGUGUAUUAUAUACCCUGAACUUCUUUUUGGUAUGUAGAAUUGUUGAUAUAUCCUUUCAGAACUACAGGAUCAUGAUAUCUUUUCAGAACCAGGAGAAUGGAUGUUUUUCCAUUUUUUU